AAAAAUAAACAUCAUGGAGUACAGACUGCAGAACACGUUACUGUUAGCCAUCCUGCUGGUGUCUCAAGGUUUUCUUGGUCUGCAGGCACAAACGGAUGGCGAAAGCAACGAUACAUGGGCUGGAAAAUCCUGCAAAUGUGAUUGCGAUGAUUCCUCCAGCAAGAUGCUUUCCAAGGGUUCAUCAAGUUGGCCACAGGAGAUGGGCUGCAUGCCAGAGUGUCCCUACCAUAAACCUCUGGGUUUUGAGGCAGGAUCUGUGGCUUCAGAUCAGAUCAGCUGCUCUAAUGAAGACCAGUACACAGGCUGGUUCUCCUCCUGGACGCCAAACAGGGCAAGACUAAAUAGCCAAGGAUUUGGAUGUGCCUGGCUGUCCAAGUUCCAGGACACCAGCCAGUGGCUUCAGAUUGACCUGAAGGAGGUGAAAGUGGUUUCUGGUAUCCUGACCCAGGGCCGCUGUGACUCUGAUGAGUGGGUUACCAAGUACACUAUGCAGUACCGCAUUAAUGACAAUCUCAACUGGAUCUACUACAAAGACCAAACUGGAAACAACAGGGUGUUCUAUGGGAACUCUGACCGCUCUUCCACAGUCCAGAACCUGCUGCGUCCACCAAUCGUAGCGCGCUACAUCCGUAUCCUCCCUCUUGGCUGGCACACUCGCAUCGCCAUGCGCUUGGAGCUGCUGCUUUGCAUGAAUAAAUGCACCUGAGCUAGCUAAUAAGCAAAGCCAUUCCUAACUAUUUCCUGUACACCAUCCAUUCAUUUCUAUCACAACAUGCCAAAGUGAAUAUCACUAGCCAAUCUUGUUUUAUGUAUCAUCUGGUAUGGAUUUCAAUCGCUUUUAAUUUUAUUUAUGUGUUUAAUUUAACGUUCUGCGUCUAACUGGUUGAUUAUUUGAUUAUUCACAUAUUUUUCUUCAGUUCAUGGAAAUUAUUGUUAGAUUAUGUCAUGAGUAAAUUACUUCAUGCUUUUUUUUUCAUGUCAUUUUUUUUUUAAAAGUAAAAUAAGUAUUGCUUUGGCAAAUCAGGUUUGUUUACAUCCAAUGCAUGUUGAAGCCAUAAUGUUAAACCAGAUAUUCAAUCCGGGUAUAGAAAUAGGGAGAUCCAUUGGAGUUGAACUCAGUGUUGUGUUACUGUUUUUCUGUUGUGGUUUGUGACUGUUUUUGCUUGUAAUUCCCACUGACCGAUUCCUUUUUAUAUUCAUUAUGAGCCUGUACUGUUAAACUGUGUUUGUGGCUUACCUGAGAAACAACACAAUUGAAUAAAGGAAGUCUUUCUCCGUA